UCUAGACUUCGCCGUCUCCUCGCUCUCGCGCAGCUCUGGAAAGUUCGCUGAGUCGAUUCAGUUUCCAGCGGCGGCCCGAUCGUUAUAUAAACGCCUCGCGGAGCCCCUGUGCGUUCCCAAAAACCACAUUUAUCGGCCGCUGACUGUCACAAUCGCGCUAUAGCUCAGCAAAUCCGCCCCUAAUACCGAAAUUAAAGCCGUUUAGCCCUGCAGACGUCGAGUCUUCAGUGAUUUCUACACGUUAACUGUUGAAGGAAAGACCUCGGUGAGGAGACUCAGUCUGCAUUUUGGAGCUGUUUUGAAGGUAAUAUCCAUAUUAAAGCGAAGAUGACUGCAGAGGAGGUGGUGAAUGAAGGUUGUAGCAUCCCCAUCGAGGGUGAAGACAUCACCCCGAAGAAAGAUGGAGGGGUUUUAAAGUUGGUCAAGAAGGAGGGUACAGGCACCGAGUUGCCUAUGAUUGGCGAUAAAGUAUUUGUGCACUAUGUCGGAACACUGCUUGAUGGCUCACAGUUCGACUCCAGCCGUGAUCGAGGGGAAAAGUUCUCCUUUGAGCUGGGCAAAGGUCAGGUGAUCAAAGCAUGGGACAUCGGUGUGGCUACGAUGAAGAUUGGCGAGAUCUGCCAAUUGACAUGCAAACCUGAGUAUGCAUACGGAGCUGCUGGCAGCCCUCCAAAGAUCCCACCUAAUGCUACUCUUCUGUUCCAGGUGGAAUUGUUUGACUUUCGUGGGGAGGACAUCACAGAUGAUGAAGAUGGUGGAAUUACCCGCAGGAUCAUCACGAAAGGGGAGGGUUACACAAAGCCUAAUGAGGGUGCAACUGUGGAAGUCUGGUUGGAGGGCUCUUAUGAGGAUCGUGUUUUUGAUGAGCGUGAGCUGAAGUUUGAAGUGGGAGAUGGUGAGAAUUUGGGUCUGCCACUGGGUGUGGAGAAAGCCCUGCAGGCUAUGGAGCAGGGAGAGGAGGCACUCUUCACCAUCAAACCAAAGUACGGUUUUGGAACUGCUGGCAGCGAAAAAUACAACAUUCCACCUAAUGCUACACUGCAGUACAAAAUCAAAAUGAAAGCAUUCGAAAAGGCCAAAGAAUCCUGGGAGAUGAACACGAUUGAGAAACUGGAACAGAGUGUCAUUGUCAAAGAGAAAGGAACUCAGUAUUUUAAGGAGGGAAAAUACAAGCAGGCGACUGUGCAGUACAAACGCAUUGUUUCCUGGUUGGAGCACGAGAGCAGUAUGCAGCCAGAUGAGGAGGAGAAAGCUAAAGCACUGCGAUUGGCUGCUCACCUCAAUCUGGCCAUGUGCUACCUGAAGCUGCAGGAUGCAAACCCCGCCCUCGAGAACUGUGACAAGGCACUGGAGCUGGACGCCAAUAACGAGAAGGCUUUAUUUAGGCGAGGAGAGGCUCUGGUUGUCAUGAAGGAGUUCGACAGGGCGAGAGCAGACUUCCAGCGUGUCAUUCAGUUAUACCCAGCCAAUAAAGCAGCAAAGAGCCAGAUCAUGAUCUGCCAGAAACACAUGAAAGAGCAACACGAGAAGGACAAACGCCUCUAUGCCAACAUGUUCCAGAAGUUUGCAGAGAGAGACGCCAAAAAGGAAGCCGAGCAAGAGAAAGAGCAGGAUAAGAAACAGAACGGUAGUGCAAUGGAAAUAGAUGAAAACGCAGCCCAGGAACAAACCGCAGCAUAAUAGCGUGCGUUUGUAUUAUUUACUGUCUUUUGUGGGUUUGUUUUGUUUUUUUAAGAGGUUAUUUUGUACCUUCUAUGAUUUCCGCCCUCUUGAAGCGACUGUGUUUAUGCGAGUGAGGACGCGUACACACUUUAGUUUCUAAUCUGUUGUAAAGACUUGUUUUUUUUUUAAGGACAGCUUUCCACAUUUAAUGUUUAUGACGUAUCACAACUGGAAGCCUUUGGAUAGUGAAUUUCUGCUGAAGUCUUACAAGCGUCUUAGAGAAACCACGCACUUUUCCUGUGAAGAAGAGUUUAGUCUUUGCUUUGUUAGUUUUGUCUGUAGGUCUUUUUUUUUGGUGAUACUGUUCUUAGCGGAGAAACGCCAUCAACAUGGGGCUGAGAUGUCAUUUUUAAAUGCAAGGUGAGAACAUGAACUUUUUUCCCCUUUUUCAUCUUCUUGUUGAACAAGAUUCCCCAUGAUUUCUCCAUGAUUGCACUUGCGCACUGUAAUGAUCAUGGCAGAAGAGGCUUGCUUUACACUGUGUGGCAGGAUUACUGUACUGAAUGAGAGACAUACAGAUAGUUCUGUUCCCAUGUCCUUGAUGCUCUUCUGAUGUUGACUAGAACAAUAAAACAAGCUCUGAAUCCUC